UAAUAUGCACAUCAUGGCUUUGAACCUUGUUGGAGGUGUUCCAUUAAAAGGAAACUAUGCUGGAGAUUCCUACACCUCUUGCCCCACAACCACAAGGAACUAGUCCUUCCUCUUGGUGGAGAAGGUGGCGCAAAUGGAUGAUGUCUUCGUUUUGAUUGGUGGUGAUCUUAAUUCUUCAUUGGCUUGGAACUUUGUGUUGGGAACUAAAGUAGCUAGGCUGCUAAAGUACUGUCUGCUUGGCGUGGAUUGAUUGUUAAUUGUCAACAUGAAAGAAUGGCUACAGCAGCCAAGUGGAGAUACAGUGAUUGACUGUUGACUGUUGAAUAAAACCUUGUCCAUGACCAAGUCGCUGACAGCAUGCAAACGUUUGGAGUCGCUACACAAAUCCCAAUUCGCAACGCAAGGAUGGUGAAGUAAAAAAAAAUUGCUGUCGGGUGGGGACAGUGCGAUUUCCCUCACUCUUGGCGUGCCAAGUACCCCAACUACCCCGCGACUCAAGUAUAUGCAUUUGAGCCCUGAGGUGGUAAAUCAACAUCGCCAGAGCUCCAAUUUAAUUUACUUUCCUUGAACUAGACAAGUUGUGUUCUUCUGAGUUCAGAUGUUGCUCCUUCUGGUGAUUCUUGUGAUUCAGAGUUUUGGAGCUGAUUCAAAUGCCAGCUGUAUUAAGAAUGAGAGAGAUGCCCUUCUCAAGUUUAAACAAGGCCUCACCGACCCUUCAAACAGAUUGGUGUCUUGGGUUGGAGAAGACUGUUGUUCAUGGGAGGGAAUCAGCUGUAGCAACAGAAAUGGGCAUGUUGUGAAGCUUGACCUUCGAAAUCCUCAGGGAAGCAGAGACCGGUGGAAAUUAAAGAAAUCCCUCCUUGGAGGUGAGAUCAGCCAUUCUUUACUUAAUUUGACACGCCUCAAUUAUCUAGACCUGAGUAUGAACAAUUUCUCAGAAAUUGGAAUUCCAGCAUUUCUAGGUUCCUUCAAAAUGUUAAAUUAUCUAAACCUUUCUGCAGCAGAAUUCAUGGGAACGCUUCCCCAUUUCCUUGGUAACCUUUCAAGCUUGCAGUUUCUUGAUCUCAGCUACAAUUCAGAAUUGAUAGUUGAUAGCCUCUUCUUUGCUUCUACCCUUACUUCCUUGAAAUAUCUAGAUCUGUCUGAUUUGCAUCUCUCUAAGGUUGAUGACUGGUUAAGCUCGCUAAAUAUGCUUCCUUCUCUAGUGGAGCUACACAUGUCUUCUUGUUCUCUUCACUCUUUUCCUCGCUUUGUACAUGUUAAUUUCACAUCUCUUGCCAUUCUUGAUCUCAGUUCCAAUGACUUCAAUUCCACGAUUCCACAUUGGUUUUCUAAUAUUAGCAACAUUCAAAAUCUUGAUCUGAGUGGAAGUGCAUUGCGAGGCUCCCUGCGCGAGCUGGGUGAUUAUAGUCUUCUUGAAUUCCUUCAUUUGCAUGAUAAUGACCUGGAGGAUGAAAUACUAGAGUCAUUGAUGAAUAAUUUUUGUAAUUUGCUUGAGCUGGACUUGGGUUCCAACUCUUUCAGCGGUGAUAUUGGUAAACUUUUUGGCAACUCAUCUGGUUGCAUCCAGAGUAGUUUAAGGAAAAUGGAUCUUUCUGAUAAUAAUUUCAGAGGUAGUCUUCCGGAUAUGUUGAGACAAUUUAAACAUCUAGAAUAUCUAGAUCUUUCUCAUAACUGCUUUCUGGGUCCAAUCCCUGAAUCAAUUGGAAGAAUAUCAAGCUUGAAAGGAUUAUUUCUCAAUUACAAUUGUCUGAAUGGAAGCAUACCAGCAAGUCUGGGACAGCUUUCCAAGCUAGAAAUUUUAGAGAUCAGCAACAAUUUCUUGAAUGGGAGUAUCCCAGAAAGUCUUGGACAGCUUUCCAACCUAGAUGUUUUAGAUAUCCAUGACAACUCAUUGGAUUGUAUAGUCUCCAAGCUUCACUUCUCGCAACUUAAGAGCUUGACUCGAUUGGUUAUGUAUGGGAAUUCACUUGUUUUUGACAUUGAACCAACAUGGGUAGCUCCUUUUCAGCUUCAAUCCAUUUAUUUGUCAUCCUGCAAAGUGGGGCCAAAGUUUCCACAGUGGCUUAUAUCACAAAGGAAUCAUUCGUUGGAAUUUCUUGACCUCUAUAAUACAAGCAUAUCUGAUACCAUCCCGGAUUGGUUUGAAAACAUUUCCUCCAAUAUCCAGUGGUUGGAUCUCUCUCACAAUCAAAUUACAAAGCACUUGCCGAAGUUGAAGAGAAAAUCUUUGGAAGGUUCUACAAGGGUCAUAUACUUGAAUUCCAACAAGUUUGAGGGUCCUGUGACUGCUUUUCCUACAGAUGUGGAAGUAUUAGAUAUCUCCAACAACUUUCUUUCGGGCCAAAUUCCACAAGAAAUUGGCAAAAUGAUGCCAAUUUUGAGAUUUUUCUCUCUCUCCAACAACAAUUUGAAUGGUAGCAUUCCAACUUCUUUGUGCAAGAUGGCACAACUAAGUUAUCUUGAUCUUUCAAGGAAUCAACUCUCAGGAGCUCUUCCUCAAUGCUGGCAGGAAAUGGAAUUUUUACAGGUGUUUGAUGUGGGAAAUAACAACUUGAGUGGUCACAUUCCAGUUUCUUUGGGUUCUUUAAAGAACCUCGGAUCCUUGCACAUGGAGAACAACAAUUUGGAGGGAAAUAUCCCUACAUCUCUGCAGAAUCUGGGAAAUCUAUUGACUCUUGAUCUCAGUGAAAAUGCAUUAACAGGUGCAAUUCCUCCUUGGAUAGGUGAAAAUCUAUCUUCACUUGCCAUACUUAGUAUCCAUUCUAACAUGUUUGAAGGGGAGAUUCCACCACAGCUUUGUGGCCUUGCUUCUCUUCGCAUACUGAACUUGGCAAAGAAUAAGGUGACAGGAACUAUUCCUCCUUGUUUUGGCAAUUUCACUUCGAUGAUUGUUGAUGAUCCGGAUUUUGUUGAUUAUUGGUUAUCUUCUUUUGCUUUCCCUGUCCUUUUUCAAAUGCCUAACCGCUGGACAGCAUAUCAAGAUCAUGUUUUGGCCUACAUAAAAGGAAGAGCACUUGUAUAUAACAAAACACUUGUAUUUCUCUUCUCCAUUGAUGUUUCAGAAAAUAAUAUUUUUGGAGAGAUACCAAAUGAGCUAGUGAAUCUCUCCUUGAUACAAAACCUGAAUCUGUCUAGAAACAAUUUCAAGGGCCAAAUUCCUCCACAGAUUGGCAAGUUGAAGUCAUUAGAAUCACUCGAUUUAUCUGGAAAUGAACUUUCAGGCUUAAUUCCUCCAAGCAUUUCUGCUUUGAACUUUUUAAGUUACCUGAAUUUGUCAUUCAAUAACUUAUCCGGACCCAUUCCUCAUGGGAAUCAACUCCAAACCCUGGAUGACAAAUCCAUUUACAUUGGCAACAGCGGAUUAUGUGGAUCUCCUCUAGAAAGUUGCCAAGAGAUGGAGCCGCCUGAACACGGCAAGCCUGUUAAAGAAAGUAACAAGGAUGAGUUUGAGAUACUUUGGUUUUACUGUGGCUUGGGAGUGGGUUUUAUGGCUGGAUUUGUGGGACUGUGCAGCACUCUGUACUUCAAGACUCCCUGGAGACAUGCAUACUUCCAAUUGGUAGAAAAAAUAUACAACGAUAUUUCGGUGAUAGUUGCAAUAAAGAUAAACCAUUUCCGGAGAAAGUUCAGUAGAAGUGAAUCUAGAGGGUGACCAUGAUAAAGAUUAGUUUCCUCUCUCACACAAGAUCUAGAGUGAAGGUUGAAAUAUUUUCGCUGCACUUUGUUUUAGCUUUGAUUGCUGUGCUGCUUCUAAAGGUGAUAAUGUAUGUUACUUGUGUGUCUUUCUAUACCUUUGUUGGGGUAAUAAUCUCCAUGAUUGUUAAAUCAACAACACACCAAGGGACUUGAUGUUCCAUUACACAUCUGUAAUACUACAUCUUCCUUAUUGCAUCUUACUAGGGAUUUUGUCUGGCAA